AUGAUUUUGCAACAAUUGCAGCAACAACGGUUAUCAUUGAUAUCAACGCGACCGCUGACCAACACACCGCAGCUCAAGUCGAUUGAAUUGACAGAGACAGUUCUAGGUUAUGGAAGUCAUGGAACAGUCGUUUACAAAGGCCAAUAUGAUGGACGUGCUGUGGCAGUGAAACGAUUAUUGAUUGACUUUUAUGAUGUUGCAUUUCAUGAAGUCAAGCUAUUACAGGAGAGCGAUGACCACCCGAAUGUGGUGCGAUACUUCCGAAGCGAACAAUGCGAUAGAUUUUUGUACAUAGCACUGGAACUCUGUUCUGCUUCACUAGACGAUAUUAUUGAGAGGGGACAUAUGCAGCCCUAUCGGGACCUGUCUGCAACAUUGGAGCCACAAAAGAUUCUUUAUCAAAUCAUCAAUGGUAUUCAUCAUCUUCAUAGCCUCAAGAUUGUGCAUCGGGAUAUCAAGCCUCAAAAUAUCUUGAUCGGUGAGCCUAAACAGAGGCCUAAGCCUUCACGAUCUUCACUCUCUUCAUCUUCAACAUCAACACCAACACCACCGCCUUUGGGAUCCACACAGGACUUGUAUCCUGGCAGGGUAUUGAUCUCAGACUUUGGAUUGUGCCGGAAAUUAGAAAAUGAUCAAUCAAGUUUCCAUCACACUACUGCUCAUGGUGCUGGUGUCAAUAAUGGUCAUGCUUUAUCACCAUCGUCUUCUUCUAAUGGACGUAGUACUUCUGCUAAUCGGAUGACGCGUGCGAUCGAUAUCUUUUCAGUGGGAUGUGUGUUCUAUUAUGUGCUUACCAAUGGAGAUCAUCCAUUUGGAGAUCGAUAUUCACGUGAACGAAACAUCUUACUGGAUCGACCUAACUUGAGUGGAUUGGAUUCGAUGGGAUCUGAAGGAGUGGAGGCCAAGGAUCUGAUUUCAAAGAUGAUUGCACACAAACCUUCGGAUCGACCGGAUGCUUUUACAGUGAUGCACCAUCCUUAUUUCUGGUCAGCUAACAAACGAUUGAUGUUUAUGCAGGAUUGUUCAGAUCGAUUUGAGAUUGAAGACCGAGUUGUGGAGUCGAAUGGAACUUCAAUGACUUUAUCAGGCCCCUCUGCGACCCUGAGCCCCUUGUUGAUCAAGUUGGAACAGAAUGCGAAAGAGAUUCUUGUUAAGGAUUGGUAUAAGGUCAUUGAUAGGACCUUAGUCGAGAACUUGGGCAAAUAUCGGAAGUAUGAUGGCAAUAGUGUCCGAGACCUCUUGCGUGCUCUUCGCAACAAGAAACAUCAUUAUCAAGAUUUGCCUCCACAUGUGAAACGAGCGUUAGGAGAGCUACCAGAUGGAUUUUUGAGAUACUUUACAUCCCGGUUCCCUAAGCUGAUGCUCCAUCUGUAUUAUAUUGUCGCCAAUGAUCCUGGUUUGAGAAACGAAAGCAUGUUUAGACAUUAUUUCACUGACUGA